AUGUGUGCAGAGCGGGUCUGGGGGGUGCCUGGCUGGAACAUUGAAGGGGUGAAGGACAACCCGCAAGGGAAGCCCUAUGUCUUUGAUAGAGUGUUACCUCCUAAUACAACCCAGGAACAAGUUUAUAAUGCCUGUGCCAAGCAGAUUGUUAAAGAUGUUCUUGAAGGCUAUAAUGGCACAAUCUUUGCUUAUGGACAGACAUCAUCAGGAAAAACACAUACUAUGGAGGGGAAGCUGCACGACCCUCAGCUCAUGGGAAUCAUUCCAAGAAUUGCACAUGACAUCUUUGAUCACAUCUAUUCCAUGGAUGAAAACCUGGAGUUUCAUAUAAAGGUUUCCUACUUUGAGAUAUAUUUGGACAAAAUAAGGGACCUACUUGAUGUGUCAAAGACAAACCUCGCUGUACAUGAAGAUAAAAACAGAGUCCCAUAUGUUAAGGGUUGUACAGAAAGAUUUGUAUCUAGUCCUGAAGAAGUUUUGGAUGUCAUUGAUGAAGGGAAAGCUAACCGUCAUGUAGCCGUUACAAAUAUGAAUGAACACAGCUCUAGGAGCCACAGUAUUUUCCUCAUUAAUAUUAAGCAAGAGAAUGUGGAAACUGAGAAGAAACUCAGUGGAAAGCUUUACCUAGUAGAUUUGGCUGGAAGCGAGAAGGUCAGCAAAACUGGAGCGGAGGGCGCUGUUCUUGAUGAAGCUAAAAAUAUCAAUAAGUCUUUGUCUGCUCUAGGCAAUGUGAUAUCUGCCUUGGCAGAAGGAACUAAAACCCAUGUUCCAUACCGAGACAGCAAAAUGACCCGAAUACUUCAGGAUUCCCUUGGUGGGAACUGCAGAACCACCAUCGUGAUAUGCUGUUCUCCUUCUGUCUUCAACGAAGCAGAAACAAAGUCGACCCUGAUGUUCGGGCAGCGAGCUAAGACGAUUAAGAACACGGUCUCUGUGAAUCUGGAGCUGACCGCGGAGGAGUGGAAGAAGAAGUACGAGAAGGAGAAGGACAAAAACAAGAGCCUAAAGAAUGUUAUCCAGCAUCUAGAGCUGGAACUGAACAGGUGGAGAAACGGAGAAGCUGUGCCUGAAGAUGAACAGAUCAGCGCGAAGGACCAGAAGAACCUGGAGCCUUGUGAUAACACCCCAAUUAUUGACAACAUCACACCGGUUGUUGCCAGCAUCUCAACGGAGGAGAAGCAGAAGUAUGAUGAGGAGAUUGCCAGUCUCUACAGACAGCUGGAUGAUAAGGAUGAUGAAAUCAACCAGCAGAGCCAGUUGGCUGAAAAACUGAAGCAGCAAAUGUUGGAUCAAGAAGAGCUUUUGGCCUCCACGAGGAGAGAUUAUGAGAAGAUUCAGGAGGAGCUGACCCGUCUUCAGAUUGAGAACGAAGCAGCAAAAGAUGAAGUGAAAGAGGUCCUUCAAGCCCUGGAAGAAUUAGCUGUCAAUUAUGACCAGAAAUCCCAAGAAGUGGAGGACAAAACAAGAGCCAACGAGCAGCUGGCUGACGAGCUGGCACAGAAGAGCAGCACCCUGACAGCAACCCAGAGGGAGCUGGGCCAGUUGCAGGAGCUCAGUAACCAUCAGAAGAAGAGAGCUACAGAAAUCUUGAACUUGCUGCUUAAGGACCUGGGCGAGAUUGGAGGAAUCAUUGGUACCAACGAUGUUAAAACA